CAAUUCAUCCAGUUUCAUUUCAUUCAUUGCGGGACGGAGUUGUUUUGUGAAAUUACAUCAGUUUAUACAAUUUCGAUGUUUAUCAUAUAUUACCCAUUUCACAGACCAGAGUUAUACACCAAUAUGUUGUGUGUUGUUGAGCUUUAGUGCCGGUGAUAAACUAAUUACCUACCUUAAUUUUUGAUUAUAUCGUGAAGCAAAAACAUCCAAAAUGAGGCUGGCAGGGACCAUUUUCUCAAAUGUGACAAAGAUGCUGGACUUUUAUGCGCAGUUUAAUCCAUCGCCUUUGUCUAUAAAGCAGUUUAUAGAUUUUGGUUUAGACGCGUGCGAAAAGAAAUCAUACAUAUUCCUAAGAAAGGAGCUACCAGUAAGACUGGCGAACAUAAUGAAAGAGAUAGCGCUACUACCAGAGAAUCUUCUUCGCAUGCCGUCGGUCGGCCUAGUGAACCAAUGGUACGAGCGCUCCUUCGCCGAGAUCAUUCAGUUCGAGAAGAUGGACCCAGAGCAGAAGGUGCUUAGCGAAUUCUGCGAGAGACUAGUCCACGUCCGAAACCGGCAUGCGGACGUAGUCCAAACCAUGGCCCAAGGAGUUUUAGAACUGAAGGAAUCACAUGAAGUAGACUGUGGGGUAGAGCACUCCAUACAAUACUUCCUCGACCGGUUCUAUAUGAGCCGCAUCUCUAUCAGGAUGCUGAUCAACCAACACACAAUCCUCUUUGGCGAACAACCAGUAGGCGCUAAACAGGCGUCGGUGAACGGCAUCGGAAAUGGGGGGCGACACAUCGGGUGCAUCGAUCCCGCGUGCGACGUCGUGGAUGUCGUGCGGGACGCGUACGAGAACGCGAGGUUCCUCUGCGACAGAUACUACCUGGCGUCACCGGAAUUAGUACUUCUUCAAUGUGGAGUCCCCAGUGAGCGCCCCAUGCCCGUAGUAUACGUGCCCUCCCAUCUCUACCACAUGCUUUUCGAGCUAUUCAAGAAUGCCAUGAGGGCCACCAUGGAGAGUCACGAGAGCAGCCCGCCGCCUAUCACUGUCAACAUUGUGCCGGGGAAAGAAGAUGUUUCUGUCAAGAUGUCAGAUCUCGGCGGUGGCAUACCCCGCAGCGUGUCGGAUCUCCUAUUCAAGUACAUGUACAGCACAGCGCCGCAUCCUUCUAAGUCGGACUCUCACACCGUACCGCUGGCCGGUUACGGAUACGGGCUGCCUAUAUCACGGCUGUACGCGCGGUAUUUUCACGGGGACUUGACUCUCAUGUCCUGCGAAGGUUACGGCACGGACGCCGUCAUCUACCUAAAGGCGCUCUCGAACGAAGCGAACGAGCUCCUCCCGAUCUUCAACAAGACCUCAACGAAGUUCUACCGGCCCUCCGCGCAGCUCGCCGACUGGUCCGGCAGCCUGCAGACCGCGGGGGCUCCUAAGGGCAGCCGCGAAAAAGUAUCCCCUCUGUCGCACAGUGUUGCGUAAUAUUAGUGUACUUACUAAGCCUGAUCAUCGGUGGAUUUUACGUCUUUGUUAUAACCUCCUAAGGCCCAGACAAACAAAUGAAAAAAGUAAAAUUUGCCACUGAAUUUUGAACCUAUAGUGUAGGAAAUAGAGUUGAUUUUGCGUUGUUGGAAAAUUGAACGAAACAGCAAAAGCGACUGUUCCGAUUGAAUAGGAUUUAAAUUUCAUCGAACUGAAGAGGUACAAUAGGUAGGACCUUGGGCCUUAGGAGGGUAAAUAUGGAGUAAUCAUUUAAUUUCGAGCGUCACCAUAAAUCUAUUGGUGAUUAAAUUGAGUACAGAGAGCUACAUGAGAUUGAUGCCGAUUUUUUUUCUGAUCAAAUUGUCAAUUUGAUCAUCCCGUCUGGACGGGUUUUUAAUCGAUCUUCACAAUUCGAAAUCAAUUCUUCAAGCGAUCCGGCUCGGUAUAUACACGGCCUUUUGGAUGAUCGACCGCUGUUGUAUGAAGAAGUUUUUAUUUAUAUCGAAAGUCUGGGCCCGAAAUUUAGUAGGUGGGUUACUCUAUAUAAAUUUUGUUAUUAAUCCUUUGAACGCCAAGCCUAUUGUGUGCGGCGCUCAAUCAUGAACCUUGUCGGUAUGCAAGAAGGUUAGUUAAUAUUGGGCUGUAGCUGUUGACGUAUUUGGCGGUCAAAGGGUACAUAUGUUACAAGUCCACUCAUGCAAUUAAAAUAGCAAUAAUAUGAUACAAAAUUUAUUUGGUAACACAGAUCUGGUUAGUGAUGUUAGUUCACAACCUAAUACAUACUUUUUUCCGGGGAUCGGAACCGGUUUUUUGCAAAUACGUGGAAAUAACCAUAUAUUUGGAAUUAUUUUAUACUCCAUUGUGUUUUUAGGUAACGACUUCGUAUUAUUAGAUUGCCCAAUUAGAAAUUAAAUAAUUAACAGUGAAAGAAAAAAUACCGGUUUCGUUCCCAUUCAGAAAAUACCGGUAUCCGAUCCCUGUUUUUUCAACUAUUUUUGUUCAAGUAAAAAAUAUAAGUAAGAAAUAUGUCAAUAAGAUAUACAUAUAUAAAUUAAUACACGUUUUGUAUAAAUGUUUUUGUAUUAACUCACUUUGAUGUAAAACUGCGUGUUAAAGACAUAUGUAAUUAUUUUAUAACACGUAAACUACUCAAAAGUCUCAAAACUGUUGUAAAAUGACGAAAAUACUCAAUUUGAUAUCCAAUAAAAGGGGCCCUAGAGUUCUUUCGUUAUUUUAAAUGUGAUAUUCGGUUAAGGAUGAGUUUUAUUUUCGGAGAAUGGCCAAAAAUGGACUGAGCUUUGAUGGAGUGAGGUGUUUCAUAGUGUUGAGAUUGUAUCUUACGCGGUUAUCACACUGAUACAUUACGCACGCCCGGUGUGUGAGCGAGAUAGUGCUAUGCACAUGGGCCGCCUACGGUCGCCUGGGUCACUUUUAAAACACUGAUUUUAUGCUAUUUAAAAUAACCAAACAUACAUUUUUAGGGCGAUUAUAAGCCCUUUCCAUCGUAGUACAUCUGCUUAGCAUAUUAAUAGAACGUGGUAUAUUUUUGCUAACAAACUAUGUUAUUAUGGUCGCCUGGCUGACGGAACAGAUAACAAUAGUAGAUUGUUCACCAAGGGAUGAAAGGCACUCAUUUUUGUCGAGGCAGCUUGGCACUCGAACCCAGUGAGAGCGCCAUUAGUCCGAGGCUGAAAUGAUGCCUUUCACCCGAGUUAAACACUCUACUUUUCAUUUCGAAUACGAGGAAAGUAAUUACAUGUGUUAGAAAAAACAUGACAUAAGUUCUUAUAUAUUGAGGGUACUUUUAAUUUAGGUAAAAGUAUCGUUAUUUAUGGGAUGGGGUGUUGAAUAUCAGAAUGGAAAUUGUACAACAAAUCCAUUUAAAACCAAAUUUUAAUUGGUUAUAGUAAAAAAAACUUAUUUGAAAGGUAAAAUUAUCUACUGCAGAAACGUAUCAUUUUCUGCACACCUAAUAGAACAACAAUGACCCAGUUUUAGAGCAAAGAGAAAAAAAAUGAUCCAGCCACGUAUGUAGGUACUAGGGAAUGCAAACCGGUUUUUAUUUGUAUAAAAUUUCGGUUGAUAACCGGUUUUUAUCUUCAUUCAAUUGAAAACCGGUUUGCAUUCAUUCCCUAGUAUGUAUCGAUGUCCCUAUUGCACGCCUGAACGACCAUAUAGGGUGACAAGGUAUACUAUACUGGUUUAUCAUUUAGUAAAAUCACUAUAAUUCUUGCUAAGCUCUUGACAUAAAUGUACCUUAUAAAGGGAAGAGACCAAUUUGCGAUAAACGAGAGAGAUAAUUAGACUAUGAAACUAAAGAAAAUUAUAUAAAAUGUAUCGAUUAUCCAAUGUGAAUGAUAUUGUGGUAUUCGGGAGGCUAAAAAGUUUAUCAGUAUAAUUAUAUUUAAAGUUUAAAUACAAAAAUAUAAUUAACUUGUUAUUUAUUACUAUUUUUAAAUUAUUCAUACGGAAGGUUAGUCGUUGUUUAUCACAUAUCUUCUAGUAGAUAAUAUUUAACUAUCUAUGGUUUUUUUUGAUACAUUUCAAGCUCAAUACUAUGAAACAACUCAAUAGGUAGGAACCAAAUAAAAUUUACUCUAUUACAUAAUUAAUUUUAAGAAAAAUAUAUCAAUAAAUUGGUAGAUGAUUAGAUAAAUUCCAUGGUGACACUUUUAGAAAGUUACGGAGCAUUUUGUACUUUAUUUACGUUACGGCAAAGUAUAAAUGUUGAUUAGUUAAAGGUAUGUUGAUGCCUUUAUUAAGAGAAGCAUAAAAAUUUACUUACAAAAAAUCUUCAUACUAAAGUUAUAGAACGGCCGCUAUAUCAUUAAUCUGUAAUUUGUCAGUUCAUGAUUUUUAUUAGUUACAAUGGACAGUUUGGCAACUGUCAAAGGUUUGUAUAGAUGGGAUUUUACGUAUCUCUAGUUUUGUUUUCUGAGAUUUUGCUUAAAGGGACGUCCAGGCCAUAAAAAAAGAGAAUUUGACAUUACUCGGCCGAUUGAUAGGUAAAACAUAUAUACUUAGCUCCAUUUUUAUAAUACUUUGACCGGCCAAACUCAUAGUGCUGAGACAAAAGCUUAUAGCUAUUAAAAAACUGGUGGUAGAUAAAUUACUUAAAAUUGAAAUGCUAAAAACUUUGCCAAAGAGUCUCAAUCUGUUGUAAACCUAUUUUUGGCUCAACCUCGUGAGUCUAAAUGUACAUAUCUAUUGCAAUCUAAUUUGAACCUUUCAUGAAACAAAUAAAGUAGCAUUUCUUAUGUUUCACUGCGUUGUAAAAACAAACGAAAUUCGUUCCAAUUUACUUAUAGAACAAGGUUCAAAUUAAAAAACUUUCUAUGGUGGGUCUUACGAGGUUAAGAGUAAUCUUGUAGUUACUAAAUUAUUUCUGUCGAUUUGUCCGAGCUAAUUGGCAAUACAAAUGUACAUGUUAAAUAAAACAAAUGUAGGUAUUUAAUAAAGAGUUGUAAAAAUAAUCUACAAUCAAAAAAAUAUAAUAUUAGUAAUUUCAUAUUAACCGGUUAAAACAUUGAUACCGGUUAAUAUGGAAACGUAACCGGUUUUUUUUAAAAGAUCGCCGCUUUUUUGUAUUUGUACAUUUGUGUAUUUUAUUGUACAUUUGUUAUUUCGCUCGCACAAGUAUUGGUAAUUAAUCAGCAGAGGAUUCAUAGCUGUGUACAAACCAAAAUAGACCUUAAAAUAAACAUAAAUUUAUUCAUAAAGUACAGAUGUAGUGCAUAAUUAUUUUCCAUCGUAUUUUCACGGAAACGUACGAACAUAUCUUGCUAUUUCAGUCAGUCUCGGUAUGAAAGUACUGAGGUUGACUGACUGACUUUCCGAUAAAAUACGAUGAAAACAAUUAUACACCACAUCUGUAACAGGAUCGAGUUGAAAUGAAAAGGUUGAGAACCACUGGUUUAUAAGUAUUAGUCUUAAAAACUUUAACUUAUAAACCGCGAGCAGAAAAUUAGAUUUUUCCAUUUUCGAUGUAGCGCGUUAUGCUUAUUUUGGUUUGAACAAUGAUCGUGAUUCGUUGUAAAGUAUGAGAAUGUUGUAAUGAAAUAAAUGUGACACUUUU